AUGCACGACGGGAGAUGGGAGAAUGAGUUGCAGGGACAGUGUUCUCUUUAAUCCGCGACCUCGUUUGAGGUCAAAGAAGAAAGCAGGCAACUGGAGUAGACACAUGAAAGCUCAUACACGGGGAUACUAGACUUGAGUGAAGUCUUUAUUCUCAACCUAUGGCAGCUGGAUUCCACGUCUCUCUUGAGGGUUGGGAGCACCUGCCGAACCUUGUUUCGAAUUUGUUCCUGCAACUCACUCUGGACAAGACACUUACAGACGUCAUUUGGAGUCCCGUUUGUCACCGCCAACUGCUCCAUCACAGCCAAACUGCACUGUAACCGGCCGCUCCAGGAGAAGCUGUUUGCAGACAUUCCGUUCCCAUCACACAAGCACUGGACCCUUCUGGAGGAAAUGUUUCAUCUGCCCUCAAUGAGACUGCCCUGCUCUGACAUAGAGAGCUUAUUGGGAAUUGAGAAGGAUGUGUUGGAAGGUCAUAUCCAAGACCACCGUGAGCUGGAGACCAUGUUCAGUCAUUACACCCAGUGUCGAUUCCAGUGGCUCUUUACCUCAUGGCAACAGCCGUUGUCCUUCGACGGGCAGCUCAGGGCCUACAGUGGCGGAAGCAAAGUGUACGAGGACACCCUGGAGGGUGUGUACCUGCUGCUGAGGGAGAUGCAGGAGACCCUGGUGGAGCACAAGAGGUUCUGGCAGGUGGCCAAGGUCCAGAUGGCCCAAGUGUGCACCCUAAAGAGACUGCCAUCAACUGGAAGAUAA